GAUUGCUGAUCUAUUAUUCUCUAUCUCUUGAUAAUAGCACUGUUUAUCAUUAUCAGGCAGUUCAAACGUUAAUUCUACUGAAUUAAUAAAGUCAAUUAAUGACACAAAUAGCGAGAAAUACAAUAAUUUCAUUUUAAUUUUAAAAUUUUUUAUAUUUAUAUACACGUAUCAGAGCCCUUUCAGCAAGGCAAGCAAUCGAUUCUAUACUUUUUUCAUGGACGUUCUUGCCUUACAAUUUUUAUUUCAAGCUAUUUUCCCCCUUAAACCAAUUCUUUCACAAAAUUUCAGUUUUCUAUUAAUUAAAGUAGAUUCUUAGCAUUUUAAAGUAAAGGAUCAAUUCUUUUUAUAAUUUAGAGUAUAGUUUAAUUCAUAAAAGAAGCUGUUACAGUCAAUUUAAUCAAGCUUUGAAAGAUAAACAAUUGAUUAAAGUCAAUGUGAUUUUUGUUAUUAUUAAAAAUUUUAAGUGGAAUUAAGUAGAUAGAAUAAAGUAAUUAACACAAUGGAAGCAGGACCCUCAAAUCUCCCAGACUGUGAUGAAAAUGGAACAGAAGCGCUUGUAGAUAUGGCAAAAAAUGUAAUGAAGAAAAUUGUUGAAUUUAAUAAGGAUUUUACGGAAUUUAUUGAAGCGCAAAGAAUGCUAGCUAAGAAGUUGUUUAAUAAUGUCACUCGUUACAAUAUUUUAACAAGUGGUCCACCCUUAGAAUUUCCAAUCGUACCAAGAGAAGAGUUACUGGAAGAACUGAUAGCUACAAUUCAUGAUCAGUCAUCGAAAAUCUAUCGAUCACUAACCAAGAUUAAGGAUAAAUAUGACACGCUUCCUCUAAUGAACAACACUUUACAGCAACAAUCAGAUCAGGUUGAUUGGAAUCCUACAACAAAUUUUGAAAUUAAAGGAACAAUCAAGUAUAAGCAGCCAUCAGAGUAUCUCGAAGCUAUUUGUGACAUGCUGUAUCAAUACGAUAUUGUAAUCGCGUGCAUGCUUCAUUAUUAUUAUGCAUUGAAUAUACAUGAAAAGGAUUCGUACGAAAAUCUGAUGAAUUCUUUCAGCAUAUCUAGGGAAUUGAGUGAUUUCGUUAAUGAAUUCAAAAUAAAUGCUUUGUUAUUUAAGAAAUGAUUGGUAAUAAAAAAUGUCUUAUCA